UCGGAAAUUUUCCUGCCAUAAAGAAGUGUAUGUUACACUUAUUAUGAAUUAAUUUGAUAAUCGUGACGUAAAGCUGCAAGACGUUGUACCUACGUUUCUAUGGGAUAGUAUUUCGUUGUGUAAUAGACAAUAAAGUGGGCGCUGACUAUCCGAAGGUCGAAGGAUUUAAUGUCUCAGUUCAUUUGGUAAACGAUUCGUGUUUUAUUGUCAGCUAGUUACUGAAUUUGUAGCAUGACUUAUUGUACGUAAAGUGCCGCAGAAAUUAUAUCCGACUUCGAGGAAGUUUACGUUCUGAGUUGAAAUAUUUGUGAAGUCUGGACAAUUACGUUUUUAUACAAGACAACCAGUGUUAAAUGUGUGUGCAGCGUAAGAGAACAAACUCCAGAUUAUAGGAAAUCUGCUUCACAUGCGGCUUAGAGUGUGAUAUAUUGGGAUACAAAACAUUUUACAAUGCCCUUGUUUGGUAAAUCUCAGAAGAGCCCUGCAGAAGUAGUUAAGGCGUUAAAAGAAGCCGUCAAUGCACUGGAACGAGGAGAUAAAAAGGCUGAAAAAGCACAAGAAGAUGUCAGCAAGAAUCUGGUACUCAUUAAAAAUAUGUUGUAUGGGACAUCAGAUGCAGAACCACAGACUGAUAUAAUUGUUGCACAACUAGCUCAGGAACUAUAUAACAGCAAUUUACUGCUUCUGCUGAUUCAGAAUUUGAAUCGCAUUGACUUUGAGGGAAAGAAGGAUGUCGCUCAAGUUUUCAAUAACAUACUACGUCGACAGAUUGGAACUAGGUCACCUACUGUGGAGUAUAUAUGUACGAAGCCAGAAAUACUUUUUACUCUUAUGGCUGGGUAUGAGCAUCAAGAAAUUGCACUUAAUUGUGGAACAAUGUUAAGGGAAUGUGCACGAUAUGAAGCACUAGCAAAAAUAAUGCUUUAUUCAGAUGAAUUUUUUAACUUCUUUCGAUAUGUUGAAGUUUCAACAUUUGAUAUAGCUUCAGAUGCCUUUUCGACAUUCAAAGAACUCCUUACACGCCACAAGCUGCUUUGUGCAGAGUUCUUGGAGUUGAAUUAUGAUAAAGUCUUUUCCCACUAUCAGAGACUUCUGAACUCUGAAAACUAUGUAACACGUCGACAGAGUUUGAAAUUGCUCGGUGAACUUCUGCUGGACAGACAUAAUUUCACAGUUAUGACAAGAUACAUAUCGAAUCCUGAUAAUUUGAAACUAAUGAUGAAUAUGUUGAAAGAAAAAUCCAGAAAUAUUCAGUUUGAAGCCUUCCAUGUUUUCAAGGUAUUUGUUGCAAAUCCAAACAAACCGAAGCCAAUUUUGGACAUAUUGCUGCGAAAUCAAGAGAAGCUAGUAGAGUUUCUCACGCGCUUUCACACGGACCGAUCAGAGGAUGAACAAUUCAAUGAUGAGAAGGCAUAUCUUAUUAAACAGAUAAAAGAGCUGAAGCCUUUGGCAGACCACUAACAGCAGGACAAUCUGGCAGUCUAGUGUUAGAAAAAAAGUGCAUAUUAAUAUUGCAAACAAGAAAAGUUGCUUCCAUUAUUUUGUGAACAUACAAAACACAGGAAAUAAUGUUCCACAAAUAGCACCUCUGUUCCCAGCUUGGCAAUAGAGAUAUGAGGGUUUCACAAAACAUUUGACACAUAUGUGAAUUUGGCCUGCGUGUGUGGGUUCUUUAUUUGAAAUAAACUAGUCCCACUUAAACUACUGCUGCUACUACUGCACUUCCACUGUGGAAAAUUUUCACAUCUUUUCCAAGCUCACCAAGAUGGAAAGAUCUGAAAGUUUGCUUCUAGAGCUUUAGCAUAUCUAAACUGUUGAAGUUUCUCUUCUUUUUUCCUGUUUUAGUGGGUGAGUAGACACAAAUAUAACUGGAUACAAUAGCAUAUUUGAAUUGAUUUUAAAUCUUUCAUUGUAUUAGUAUUUAGUUGCAGAAGUGAAAUUAAUAAAAUUUAUUAAACUUAUUUCAUAUCUGCUGAAGCUAAAUUAUGUUUGUUGUUAUUGUGAAAUUAGUCCAUAAGACUUUGAGUUAUUGAUCAUGUUGGCUCAUACAAUGUUGCUUGAAAAGGAAGAAGGAAAAUCGAAAACCUAUGUUAAAAUAACUUGUUAGCUGUGACUGAAACCAGCAUCAGUUAUAAAUUUUAGAACAGCAACUAAAAUUUUUAAGAAGCAUUAUGCAUAGUACAGCAAUGGUGCAAUUACUGUUGUACAGUAGUGCUGAUCUGCAGUAUCAAAAUAAUAUUGUUCAGUUUUUAAGGACUUAUGUUGAUUGUGUUUUAAUGUAUAUAUGAUUGUUGUCUUUUACUUGUAGUUCUGUAUUAUAAAACUAAAUUUAGUAUAAACAUUUUUAAGAGAGACUUUGUUACAGUCUGGUUGAUUGUGACAGUGUUUGUCUAUUGACAGUAUAGAAAGAGCUGUUUUUAACAUGGACUUAAAACACACACAUUUGCGAAAAAUUCAUCAGGAUGAUUUUUUUAAGAGAGAACAAUUUUUGGAAAUAAAGUGACCCAUUUUGUUUCAUACAUCUCCCUUGCAAACAUGUGCUUUAUAUUUAAAAAUGUGGGAGAGAUUUGAUUGAAAUAAACUACUGUCUGCAGAUAA